CCAAGUCAGCGGAGCAUCAACGGCUCAACCUCAUCCUCUGAUCAAUGAGAUUUAAUCGACAUCACCUGCUUUUUCCCCUCCAGCUCAUCCAAAGUUGUGUGAGGAAGGAGAACAGAUCUAAUUUAUUCAAAGUUUCAAGACAGCGAACUAAUCUACAAAAGGAAAGGAGACAUUUUUAUCGGGUUAUUUCAGCUCUUAAAAUUCACCAGUGGAUAAACUUGUGAGAGCGAACUGAACGGAAUAAAAGGAUUGGGAUAAAUGAAAAUGUUUUGCGGAGUGCAUCAACACCAACUCAUCUUGCUAUUGGCUGCUGCCAUGGCGACGGCCCUGGAUUCUUCACACAACCUGGCCAGCGAGAGGAGUUCGAUAGAAAGCACGUACGAGCUGACCAAAUACCUGGAGUAUCAGCUCAAGGAAAUCAAAGACAUCUAUCUGACCUACCUAGGUCCUCCAUUCAACGAGAAAGACUUCUCCCCUCCUCGACCCAACAGUACCUCUCUGUCCCUGCCCAGCGCCGCCACCCGCCUGGAGCUGUGGCACGGCCUGGAGAACCAAGCUCGGCUCUCCCAGAACCAGAAGGCCUACUCUGUCCUGCUGGCAGCAGUCAGGGAGUUGGCCCGCUCCACCCUCUGCCCCUCCCUCAAGACCUCCCUGCUGCACUUUUGCACAGGCCUAGAUGGGCUGCUGGGCUCUAUAUCUGCACUGAUGACCACCCUCGGUUACGCACUUCCUCCUCCAUCUGCAAACACGGGGAGUACCGCUAGAGAGCUGCAGUACCCUUUGAGGGUGGUAGGGGCCGACCGACCUGCUCCACUGAUGAGCCAGAGCCUUUACAGGUCCAGAGCCAGGACCAGGACAGAGUCCGCUCAGCGUUACAACCAAAGACGGAGCGGGAAGACGGUGGUCAGAGGAGAGCGGGAGGACGGUGUCAGAGUAGACCUGGUGGAGAAAAGAAGAGGGAGAGAGGGGAGGAGAGCGGACGCCACCGCAGCUGGAGGAGGGAGUGGCGGAUCGAGGGAGAAGGGAAGAGGAGAAAGAGGGAGGAGAGUGAGAAGGGAAGAGCCAGAGAGCGGGAAAUGGUCUCCCAGCGAAGAAGAGAGAGUAGGGGAGGAGGAAGAUGAGGAGCUGGAGCGAGAAGUAGGUGAGGACGGAUGGAGGAGGAGAAGGUUGUUGAGUAUCAGCGAGGAUGGAGAGGAGAAGGAAAGUCAGCCUGAACCCUGGGUAGAAGUGUCGUACCCGGGCACAGACAGCUCCAGCUCCCUUGGACUACCAAACAUCCAAACCCACAAUAAUCAAUACAGCUACAACCUGAACUCACGUCACACUGACACACUAAGAGAAGAAGAUGGAUUUAUUAUGGAGGCACGCAGAGGGUUAACGGUGGAGGAGGAGAAGCAAACAUACAUGGAGGCUCCUUACUCCACUUUCCAUCAUCAGCGUCGGCCUCCUCGCUCCCUCCUCACUCCCACCCUCCAACCUCCUCUGUCCACCCUCUCCUUACUCUACCAGUUUGGAGCAGGUGAGGAGCACACCCUCCUCUCCCAGCCGGUUCCUCUGUCUUUACAAAGGGGCACCUCCCUCCUUUCGCCUCCACUAAAUCCGCUCCUUUCCUCUGCCUCCUCUGCCUCCUCCUCGCUGUUGUCGGUGCGGCCGACAAUGAACGACUUUGCCAGGAAGGUGGAGGGGUUUUGGAUAUUGAGGGAGCUGCAGAGUUGGCUGUGGCGGUCGGCGAAGGACUUUAACCGCCUAAAGAAGAGACUCAGAGGCUGAGACACUGAGACACACAAGUGCAGUAUAUCGGAACAUCUAUGAUUUGCAUACAUUCUGAGUGGGAACAAAUUGAGAGUUUAAACAGACAAAAGCACAUAAAAGCAUUCUUAACUCAUUCAUACAGUACUGGAAUAAGUGAAUGAAGGACGAUUUGGCAGGUCAACAAGAAGCAUUGAUGGAAUAUAAAGCCAAAAUAUUACCAGCACUGUCACCCGCCUGAUGCACAUAGAAGCUCAUUGAGCGAGACACACUGAGACUGGGCUGAGUUACCGGACUUCACGGCUCAUAGAUCAACAGAAAUACCACUGUAGGUGGUUAGACACACACACAGACACACACACACACACACUGAACACAGGGGUAAGCCAAGUGACAGUGCAGCCAUUGAGUGAAAACUGAUUCAGUGACCUCCAGAUGUGUGAAUCAGCAAACUUUCUCGAAAGGAAGAACACUUCUGAAUGGGUAAAAGACAAAAGGAGAGGAGGAAAAGCCCAGAGGGAUGAAGAGGAGGGGAUGAAGAGGCAAGGAGAGGAGAGGAAGACGGGAGGAGGCGUGAGUCAGGACAUGAGCAGUGGAAAUAAUGGGCAGAGGGGUGUUGCUGAGUAAUCAGAAGUCGGCUGGUCAGUUACAGUAACUCUACAACAGCGCUACACAUACUGUCCAGACAGAGAGGUGGUCAAACACACACACAGGCACACACACGCACACACACACACACACACACACACACACACACACACACACACACACACACACACACAAACGCACAUGCGCACUUAUUGUGAUUUUUGGAGCUCAACCAUUCACUUCUACGCUGCUUUUGAUUCAGUGCACACUCAUUUGUGCCACUUUUUAAUGACUUAACUCCAUAACAACAAAUGCUUUAUUUAAAAAUGUUUUAGAAUAUAAUAAUUUCCCCUCAAAAAUACCACCGUUUUGUGUUUUCUGUAAAAAUAAGUAUAGUUUGACAUUUUGGGAAAUAUACUGUACAUAUAUGCUUUCUUGCUGAAAGUAAAAUUUGAAAAUCAGUACCACUUUCACGUUUGUACAAUAAAAUAUGUAGAUGUGAAACAGCUCGCCUGACAAAACCCACCUUCAGCACCUCUAAACUAAUUAACAUGUAACAUCUUGUUUAUUUAAAAGGGUUAAAUUAGCAUGUUGCAGUCUUGGAAAUAUCCGGCGCAUAAAACCAUAAAACUACAAAUGUCUGUUAAUUUUACACUUGUAUGGGACACAUGAUUGUGGCAUGUAACUUCCUCUGUCAAGUCAUUUUGUGUACAGUUAUGUGUAUUUGACAUUUAACAUUCAUAUCCAAAAGACAUGAGAGUGGAAAUACAUCUUCACAUCUAACUCUCAGAAAGAACGCAAAGGUUGUCUAACUAUUCCUUUAAGUAACUUCACACUCCUCAACACAAAACAUUGGCCACAUGGAUGUGAAUCUUUUGUGCCUUUUAAAACAUGAAAUCAGACACUUUCUCCUUUGGCAAUUUACAGAUGUCUUCAUUUGUUUUUCAGAAUAAUGUCCAAUUGUUAUGUCUCUACAAUGUGCCUUGGAUGAUGUAGCUAAAGGUUAUGGAUCAUAUCUCUAUAAUAUUUAUUGAACAAGAUGUUUAUUUAUUUU